UUUGAUGUCUAUGUUUUGUAAGUAAAGGCCAGCCUUGUAAAGGGACAAGGGCGAGAGGCUUUGAAGGGGAGAACGACAUGUCACAACCCAAGUUUAGUGGUUGAAGGCCAAUAAAGGGAUAAACUGGUGGAAGCUCCCUGCAGUUACGAUCAGUUUCUAGUUUCUGGCCUUCUCUGCAACCCCAACCUCAGCCAAAGACAUACACAGACUCCAUGAAGAUAUACUUCUUCCUUUCCUCUUCUCCUGUAUGACUGAUAUUUCACUACAUACAAUUCUUUCUCGGCUUGUUCUCAUAUAAUAGAGAAAGCUUGCGGAUACUUCUGAUUCAUAGAGGAAGAAAGAAAAAAAAAUUGUGUUGUAAAUUAGCCAUUAUAUAUAUCUACAUAGACGAGAAUGGAAUAUCUCAGACAUAUUCUUUGCUUUUGCUUAUUCGUUGGUGGUGCCAUUGCGAGUUCAUCUGUGAACAACGUUGAUGAUUUUGGUGCAAUAGGAGAUGGACACAAUGUCGAUACAAAGGCGUUUUUGGCAGCAUGGAACGAGACGUGUGGGUCGACGGGCAAUCCAACGCUGCUGAUCCCAUCAGGCAAAACGUACUUUGUAGGGCCGGUAACGUUCUCGGGGCCGUGCAAGGCCGACUCUAUCACAGUGCAAGUGGACGGCACCGUGAUGGCGUCCACAGAUUUACACUUGUUCGGAGAGGAAUGGGUGCUCUUUGGCUGGCUCAACAACCUGGUGGUCACCGGUAAAGGCACUUUCGACGGCCAGGGAUCUUCCGCUUGGCCCUACAACGUCUGCCCAUUCAGAUCAAAAUGCAAGAUCCUACCAUGCUCUCUCAAGUUCGCGUACACGAACAAUACAGUGGUGAGCGGGAUAACAUCACUGAACAGCAAAUUCUUCCAUUAUGCGCUCUUGGAUAACACCAACUUCAACGCUUACAAUCUCAGAAUCACAGCACCAAACGAGAGCCCCAACACGGACGGGAUACACCUGGAAAGAUGCCGCGGGGUGAGUAUCGUCGAUAGCCAGAUUGGCACCGGCGACGACUGCAUCUCCAUCGGACCCGGGAACUCCGACGUGCUGGUGAAGAACAUCAAGUGCGGACCAGGGCACGGGAUCAGUGUGGGCAGUUUGGGCAAGUACCCAGAGGAAGGGAACGUGGAAGGACUGCUGGUGACGGACUGCAAGCUGACAGGCACCCUGAAUGGGGUGAGGAUCAAGACAUGGGAGGGCUCCCCAACCAGCACCGUCGCCAGCAACGUGACCUUCGACAACAUUUUCAUGAAUGGCGUUUCCAACCCCAUCGUCAUCGACCAGACCUACUGCCCCUACACCAGCUGCCCCAAAUCGUCCCCUUCACGCGUCAAGAUCCAGGGCGUUACCUUCAGCAACAUUCGGGGGUCAUCGGCGACGGAAAUGGCAGUGAUGAUGCAGUGCAGCGAGGGCUUCCCCUGCCAGGACGUCAAUCUGAAAGAUGUCCAGCUCCAGUACUCGGCCGGAACAGCAAAAGCCAGCUGCCUCAACGUCCGCGCCAACUAUAGCGGCGUCCAAGUCCCGCCUCCUUGCAGUAAUUAGUAUGGCGUCGUUGUUGUGCGACUUUGUAGGUAUCCACGGCUUAGUGGGGAUUAAAAUGAUGUAGUUGCACGAGAUCCUCCUUCAAACUUUUUUUUUUUCCCUUUUCUAUGUUGAUUUUAGUCCUUGGAGUACCUUUUUCAGGUAUCUGCGGAAGAAAUCGUUUUUCGUU